AUGGAUCCAAGAACAAUUGGAAUUUUGGGAGGAGGGCAAUUAGGGAGAAUGCUUGUGGAAGCUGCAUCAAGACUUAACAUAGAUGUUAUUAUUCUUGAUAAACCUUUAGAUGCACCUGCAAAACAACUUCAAGCAACAAAAUCACAUAUCGAAGGUGACUUCAGAGAUCCUGAUAAAAUUCAGCAACUUGCCAAGUCUGUAGAUAUACUAACCAUCGAAAUCGAACACGUUAACGUUGAAAUUUUGGAAAAAUUAGCUAAAGAAAAAAACACCGUUAUCCACCCCUCACCAGCCACCAUCAAACUUAUUCAAGAUAAAUUUUCACAAAAAACACAUCUUUUCAAAAACAAUAUUCCAGUUGUGGACUUUAUUGAAAUCCAAACAAAAGAUCAAUUAAAUGUUGCAAUUGACAAAUUCGGGUAUCCAUUCAUGCUCAAAUCUAAAACAAUGGCUUAUGAUGGUCGUGGUAAUUAUGCGAUAAAUUCUAGUGAUGAUAUAGACAAAGCGCUACAAUCUUUAGGAUAUUUUCAAAAUCCGUUGUAUGCAGAGAAAUGGGCAUCGUUUGAUAAGGAACUUGCAGCUAUAGUUGUGAGGAGAGUAAAUGGAAACAUCAAGAGUUAUCCGGUGGUUGAAACUAUGCACAAAGAAAAUAUUUGUCAUACGGUGAUUGCUCCUGCUCUGAUAGAGCUGAAAGAAUUGCAAGGGAUACAAUUCAAACUUUAG